AGAUCAAGACUCAUAAGUCAUGAUUAAUCCUACAUGCAUUAUCCUCAACUAAUCGAACAAAAAUAUCAUAAAAUUAAUCUCAUCUAAUCCUUCAAAUCGAACAACAUAUAACGUGCAUUGGGGCCCUCGCAUUAUCCUUCCUUUCUCUAUAUAAACAGCAUCCUAACAUGCAAAUUUGCACCAUAUCAUUAUUACUACUUCUCAUACAGCUUAUCACUAUCUCUAUCAUCUCUCUCUCUCUCUCUCACACACACACUGCAAAUCACACACAGAAAUUAAGAGAGUUAUAUAUCAAUGGGGGCUGAGAUCGGCGUUGCAGAAAUGGAAGCAUUGAUGAGCAGAUCGGCGUUAGGAUUAGGAGGAAAAGGGGAGCUGCCAUUGUUGUCGUUAAACCAUGUCUCCUAUGUCUGCAAAUCUGUGGAGAAAUCUGUGGAAUUUUAUGUCAAAGUUCUCGGAUUUGUCCUCAUCCAAAGGCCCUCUUCCUUCAACUUUGAAGGCGCAUGGUUGUUCAACCAUGGGAUUGGAAUCCAUCUUCUAAAGUCAGAAAAUGUGACAAAAAAGAAAGACAAAAUAAACCCCAAAGACAACCACAUCUCAUUCCAAUGCACAGAUAUGAACCUAAUUAUUCAACAAUUGGAGGAAAUGAAGAUUGAAUUUGUGACGGCAGUUGUGAGAGAAGGUGGGAUCAUAGUUGAUCAAAUAUUCUUCCAUGAUCCAGAUGGUUACAUGAUUGAGAUUUGCAACUGCCAAAAUCUACCUGUGCUCCCUCUCACAUCAUGCCCUGUUAAGAAGAUGUCCACUCCCAAAAUCACCAUACCCAAAACCCCCUCCUUCUACGGAGGGAAGAAGCAAUGCAGUGGGGAAGUAGAGGCCAUGAUGAUUGAGAACCUAGCCAUGGACAUGAUGAACAUUUCCAUUUGACUUGAGGAAAUGUUUGUGCAAUCAAUUAUUAUUGGAUUUAAUGUCUUUUUUUUUUUUUGUGGAGAGUUGGUGACGCUGUAUUAUAAAUCCGCAGAUAUAAAUAUCAUAUUAAAUAUUGUAUUAUAGUAUUAUAUUAUAAUUCGAGCAAUUUGAGUGUGUUGUGAUUGCAAUGAACAUUGUUGUGAUUCGAAUAUGUACGACUCAUUCAUUAUAAAUCAAAUAAAGAGUUUCCACGCAUUGAUUAGUCCA